AGCGAGCGUGAGGAGAGUGAGGGACCGCAGCGAGGUGCUUUUUUGGCGGAGGAGCGAAGGUCGUCGUCGUCACCCGUCUGAGAGGCACUUUCUUUCUCUCUUUCUCUCACUCAAGUGCAGAGCGCGCACCAUGAAGUCUCCGAAGAUGAAAAGUGAGAAGAAAUCACACUUCCUGGAAGAGGACGACGACCUCCACGCCGUGCUGUGCGAGUUCAACGCCGUCAUCGAGGACUUCACGUCCCCCGUGGAGAAGAGGCACUUCAGGUACGAGGAGCACCUGAAGAGCAUGAAGAGGCGGAGCAGCGCCAGCGUGAGCGACAGCGGCAUCAGUGACUCGGACAGUGCCGAGGGCCUCAGCAGGAACAGCUUCAGCUUCAGUGACGAGAAGCUCAACUCGCCCGUCCCUCCCUGCCCCGCCGUCACGUCCAGCAAAGCUAAACUCGGAGACACGAAAGAGCUGGAGGACUUCAUCGCCGACCUGGACAAAACUUUAGCCAGCAUGUGAGCUGGAGCCUGAGGGGAGAGAAGGCCACCGAGGAGCAGCACACGCACACACAGAGACGGCAGGAGGAUCCAACCAGGCCUCAGUCAGGGCCCCUGUGCCCUUUGACCCCAGCAGGGUACAUUGAGUCCUGAGACACUGUACACGUUGGCAGGCAGGGAUGCCCCACACACCUCCACGAGUGAGACUGUCCUCCCCUCACAAGUCUGGAACGGGCUCACUAUUUAAAAGCUUUUCAUAGAAAUGUAUUUGUAAUUAUAUAGAACGAGGUAUUGUAAAUUUAUGGUUACUGCUUUUUGUGAAAUAUAUUUUUUUAUUUUGUGUAAAUAUUGUUCAUUGAUUCAGAUUCUACUGUGUUGGUAUAGAAAAGAUAUUUUUUUCCCUCCAACAUUUAAUUGUAUCUUGAUAUGCUUAUGCUUCUAACGACUGUGAAUCUUGUGUCUUAAGUUUUAAUUAAUUUGUAAAAUCACACUACAUAGAAUGUUUUAACGCAACUAACACCCCACAGGUGAUAACUGGAAAUAGAGCUGUGCUGUAGAACACCAGACUCCUGUAAAUUUAGACCCGAUAAUCAGUGCAACAACGCAAGUGGUAUUUUUGUCAUACUUUUUAGCCGAGUGUCAUUUGGAACAGUUUUUUAUAACGUCUGAGCUGCGAACAAGCUUCUCCAAAUUCAGCCAACAAAUGUGUUAACACAGAGCUAAGGAAUAUUUUUAACCGCUGCAAGUUUUAUCAAAAACCUUCAGAAACGGCAGUCGAACGAAACCGAGGAAACUGUCUCCUUGGCAACUUCCUGCUCUCGAUGCACAUCUGUUAAUAAAAUGUUUGUUGAAAUA